AUGUUGAUGCUUGGUCUGUAUACCAGACCUGUGACAAGGAGAAUAACAAUAAUAUCCUCGAGGACUCUGCUAUUUCCAAGAAGUUUCUCGACAAGAACAGUGCUGCAAAAAAACAAGGCAGUCUCUAUAGCAUUCCAAUGCCGGAGCCGUCGAAGUCAAAGUACAAUUGUGAACCCUAAUGACAAUAAAAAGGCUGGACCUUCAAGUUUCGUGGGUAAGGAUUCUAAAAGUCCUACAUUUACAAAGGAGGAAUUAGAAAAUGCACAAAUUGAAAGACUUAAAGGAUUAGGUCCCUUAAUUUCAAGAUUACCAACGAAUGUAAUCCCAUAUGCUGAAUUGAUGAGAUUAGAGAAACCAGUUGGAACAUGGCUGUUAUACAUUCCAUGUACAUGGUCAAUCUUAAUAGCAGCAAUGCAAACAACAGCAACCUUAUCACAUACUUUAUGGAUGCUAUCAUUAUUCGGAAUUGGUGCAUUAGUAAUGAGAGGAGCCGGUUGUACCAUCAAUGAUCUCUUUGAUAGGAACUUGGAUGAUAAAGUCAUCAGAUCUGUUCAAAGACCAAUUGCCUCUGGAAGAGUCACUCCUGCACAGGGAAGUUUAUUUCUUGCUGGUCAAACUUUAGUUGGGAUGGGUAUAUUGGCUCAAUUACCUGCUCAAUGUUGGUGGCUAGGAUUAGCUUCAUUACCAAUUGUUUUUACAUAUCCUUUGUUUAAAAGAUUCACUUAUUAUCCACAAAUAGCAUUGAGUUCAUGUUUCACUUGGGGCGCUCUCUUGGGGUUCCCCGCAAUGGGGAAUAUGGAUUGGUAUACUAUGAUUCCCUUGUAUAUGGGGAGUUUCCUUUGGUGUAUGGUUUAUGAUACAAUUUAUGCUCAUCAAGAUAAAAAAUUUGAUGUGAAAGCAGGGAUUAAAUCCACCGCGUUAGCUUGGGGUAAAAAUACGAAGAAGAUAUCAUAUGCUCUAGUUACCAGUCAAUUUAGUCUUUUAACUCUUGCUGCAUUGAAUAGUGGAGUUAUGCUUGGACCUGGAUUCAUAGGUGGUCUUUCAAUUUUCGCAUAUAGGGUGUUUACAAUGGUUAAGAAUGUGGAUUUAGAUUCUCCUGCUGAUUGUUGGAAAGCAUUCACUGGUAACAUCAAUAGUGGGUUAUAUUUUUCAUAUGCCCUUUUUUUGAUUAUUUAUUAA